CGUGGCGUUUGACUUCUGGUUGUACGUGUUGUCACUUUCAUUCAAUUUUAUAAAAUCGACACCUAUUAGUACAGAUAUCAUCAUUAUAAAGUCAGAGGAACAGAUUUUUCUUUUGCAAAAGUGAAUUAGCAAUAAAGUGUCUGAUCCUGCACAUGGUUCUUGGUGGAUACUUGGCCGCUGUUCUCGUCGUUUGCUCCGUCAAAGGCCAAUAUCGCUUUCAUUGGACCAGGAUGGCUUCCUUGCUGGUUCCUCCAGCUUCGGUACGUGGAAUGACUUGCUUGGAUCGUGAUGCAUUUACCACCACAACCAAGGUGCCUCACAUAAAAUUGGGAGAUGUACAACUAGCAAAGAUUAUGCCUGUAGUAAAAAAGUACAUGCUUAAGUUACAAAAGUUGAAACCCGUUCAAGAUACAGAGAAUGGUAAAAUAGUGUACAUUGAUCCCCAGAAAGUUAAAUCUGUAGAAGAUAUUCCUGAAGACGAUAGAAUUUUACUAUCUAUCAAGCAUUUGAAAGAAUUGGAGAAAAUCCCAUUAACAUUGACAUAUGAAAACUGGCGCCAAGACGAAGUGCUGAAGGCAAUUUUGCCUGAAAAUGUGGAAGUUCCUACGUCUUACAGUAUAGUGGGCCACAUCAUACACUUAAACCUGCGGGAUUCGCAGUUACCGUAUAGAAAUAUAAUUGGAGAGGUUUUCCUUGACAAAAUAAAUAUAGCUCGAACAGUGGUAAAUAAAUUAAAUGUAAUUGACACGACUUUCCGUCACUUUAAAAUGGAGAUUCUAGCUGGCGAAGACAAUACCACAACGAUUGUUAAAGAAAAUGGUUUCACCUACGAGUUCGAUUUUGCUCACGUGUACUGGAAUCCACGAUUAGGUACUGAGCACAUGUCUCUCACAGCCUCUCUAAAACGUAAUGACGUCCUUUAUGACGUAUUCGCAGGUGUAGGACCAUUUGCUGUGCCUGCUGCUCGCAGAGGAGCCAAAGUUUUAGCAAAUGAUUUGAAUCCGGAAUCAUACAAGUGGCUUCAGAGAAACGCCAAGAUCAAUAAAGUUCAAAGUAAUUUAAAAACAUUUAAUAAGGACGGCAGAGAUUUUCUACGAUAUGAAGUCAAGGCUGAUCUAAUUAAGAGACGUAAUGAAAACAUUGAAGGGAAUGAAUACAUAGCCAUGAACUUACCAGCAUUGGCUAUUGAAUUUUUGGAUGUAAUCACAAACUGUUGGUUCUCAAGCGAAGAAGUUAAGUCAAUAGUUUGCAGACCUCCUACUGUUCAUCUUUACUGUUUUGUUAAAAUCCAAAAAGAUGAAGAUCCACAUGCCCUAGCUAAGACUCUUGUAGAGAAGAAACUUGGUUGUUCGCUAUGUCCUGAAAUAUUAGUGACUGUUCGUCAUGUGAGAAAUGUUUCACCGAAUAAGGAAAUGAUGCGAGUGUCAUUUUUACUGACUAAAACUAUUCUGCAAGGGGAGGAGCCAGCAAAGAAGAAAGCAAAGAUGAUAACAGAUAAUAUUGAUACACUGAUAAAAGAUAAUGUUGUAGGAAGCAAUGGCAAAGAACAAGGGAGCUCGCAAGACCAAAAAUGUAUUCAAGGUGGCAGGAGCUCGUAGCCUCAAGCUGAAAGCCAAAGCUCAGAAAGUGGCGACUGAUUUAAAAAAAUUGGAUUUGAAGGCGAAUAAAACAGCAGCUGCAGAUAAAACAGCCCGCGUGGACGAGGAACUGGUAAAAUUACGCAAGGAAGUAUCGCAAGGGAAACCAUUGAAAAAUUCUAAGCAGGAGAAGAAGGAGACAGUGCAGAAAAAGAAGAAGCAGAAUUUGCCAAGAGCGAAUACAAGAUCGCAAACCGAGACGGCGGCCAAUUUAGUUAAAGAAAUGCAAAUUUAAGAAACCAUUAUUUUCCUAAUUUUCCUUACAAUGAAAUUUCGUUCAAACCCAUAAAUUUCUGUUUUAGUUAUCAAAUUUUUAUUGUAAAGAUUUCGCAACUACUAUGGCUACGCAAACACUUAUAUCCUGUACAUACAGUCUAAUAAGAAAAACUGUAUUCUAACGUAUAAGAACAUAUAAUAUGUACACUGUACAUAAAAAUUAGUAUCAGUUACUGAUUUAUAUAUUUUU